UUAGUUGUUGAAGUCAAUGUUCUCUUUUCAAUGGCCAGUCUAUAUUAUAAUUUCACUCAUUUAACAGUACUCAAAUUUUGAGGUAUCCUUAUUAAGUAUAUUUGAAUACAUCCAAAGUGAUUUGAUAAUGACGUUUGCUUUAAGAAUCAAAAUGAAAAAUGGCCAGCAAGUUGUGAAUACUUUGACGAACGAAAGUACCCUAAUAGAUCUGAAAAAAACUCUCUCUGGUUUAUCAAGUAUUCCAAUAAACAGACUCCACAUUCUUACUGGAUUUCCCCCUAAAACUUUGGAUGUAACUCAAGAUCAUUUAAAACUUGAAAAAUGUGGAGUCAAGUCAGGAGAUACCCUUAUUCUUGAGGAAAACCAAGUUCCUGUAAACAAUACCUAUAAUUCGAAUGAGUCUACAAAUUCUUCACUUGACAGUGCCAAAUUCCAUAGUGAAAUAUCUACUGACUGCCCUGGAAUACUGAUGAAAUUUACAGUGCCUGCGGAUAAUUCGUGUUUAUUCAGUAGUAUAUAUUUUGUAUUGAAUGGUAAAAUGGAUGAAACUGGAACCGCUGCACCAUAUAUGAGAGAGUUGGUAGCAGAAACCAUCAAAACAGACUGUCAUCAAUAUGAUGAGGCAAUACUUGGAAAACCUAUAGAUGAAUAUUGUGCUUGGAUCAAAGAUGAUAAGUCUUGGGGCGGUGCAAUAGAAUUAUCAAUAUUAUCAAAUCAUUACGGUAUUGAAAUAGCUGUAAUUGAUACAAUCAAUACUAUCAUUAAUAAGUUUGGAGAAGAUCAGAAUUUUCCACACAGAGUUUUUUUGAUGUUUGAUGGUAUUCACUAUGAUCCCCUUUAUUUGGAAUCAUUGGAUGGAAAUAAAAGUCUAACAAUUUUUCCCAGUGAUGAUGAUCGACUGUUGAGAUCAGCUGAACAACUUGCUCUAGAAGCAAAAUCAAGCAGACAAUUCACAGAUGUGGACAAAUUUACGUUGAAGUGUAUGGUGUGUAACAUUCUGUUGAGGGGACAGGUAGCGGCACAAGAACACGCUCACAGUACUGGGCAUACCAAUUUUGGAGAAGUGUAAUAAUGUGUAUUAAUAAUCAAGUUUCUUCAGUUAGGCACAAAAUUAUUUCGAUUUCAACUGUGAUAAGCUGAGAGAUAUCGAGGGACAUUUGAAAUAAGCAGGGUAAUAUUUUUUUUUGAAAUUACACUUCAAUUGAAAUGGAAUAACCUGCGUCACAAAAAUUCUGUAUACAAAUUAGUACAUUUUGUCAAAAUAUUUUUGGGUGCUAGAUAUGGUGUUAUAAUAAAUUUUUUUAUUGAAAAUUUAUAAAUUUUGCUAAAUAACUUAUUGAAAGAAGUUCUUUGUUGGUUUUCUUGUACUUGAUGUCUCAUACUUUCUAACCUAUAAUAUUGAUUUUGGUUGACCAGGAAACUGACUGAUAUAACUAGAGAUGGAACUGAAAUGAAUAAAGUCGAAUUUUGAAGAGAAUGA